AUGAUCUCUGCUGAUAUGGGUGAUCCGACUGGUUAUAUCUGGUUUGUUCCGGCUUGGACUAUCUCGAUCACAUGCGCUUUCUUAAUCUUUGGUCCAAACACCGAUCUUUUAGGUCGACGCUGGUUCUUGGUCCUGGGUAAUUUGGUAUGUUUCGUCGGUCAUAUUGUGGUAGCAUCAGCCAAGAGCACCAACCAAGUCAUUGCCGGGCUCGUUAUAUCCGGUUUUGGUGGUGCAAACUGUCAGAUGGCUGCAUUCGCCCUGCCAGAACUCCUCCCCAAUAAAUGGCGACACAUCGGAGUCGUCAUCGCCGAUCUCACAGUCUACAUAGCCGUCAUUGUCGCACCAGUGACAGCCCGGUAUGGCUACGAGUUCGGAACCUGGGCUUGGAACUUCUGGGGCGUAGCCAUCUUUCAAGGUCUAUCAUUCUUUGGCCUGUUAUUUCUCUACCACCCGCCCAAGCACCCCCUCGGUAUCCCGUACAAAGAAGCUUUCAAAUCUAUAGAUUACCUUGGCGCCUUUCUCUUCAUCAGCGGCGCAGUCCCCUUCCUAAUGGGCAUUGUUUGGGCGGGCGUGUACGACUCAAAUGACGCCCACGUCGUUGCACCACUCGUCGUUGGCGCAGCUAUGCUAAUCUGCUUCGCAUUGUGGGAGUCCUUUGGCAAGCUGAAAUACCCACUCACACCAAGCUAUGUCUUCACCAGCUCAUAUGGCCGCGACUUUACAGCGCCUGUCAUUGCGCUCGGUGUCGUCAAUAUGUUCUACUACUCCUCCAGCAUCCUAUGGCCGCAGAUGAUCACGGUAUUCUACACAAACGGCGGUGCGGACUGGAAGUACUCUGUUAUUCUCUCUUUGCCCCAGGGCUUCGCUAUCUUCUUUGGUGCCAUCCUUCUUACCUGCUUUGGUAGUAAGCUGCGACAUUGGCACUGGCAGCUUACUGGGUCUGUGUUUGUUAUGGUUGUCUUUGGCUCGUUACUUGGUAUUGUCACGCCGACUAAUAAAGGCACUAUGACUGCUUUUAUUUUCCUCUCUCAGGCUGGGUUUGGAUGGGCUCUUUAUUUGAGUAUUGCUAUUACGCAGAUGGGUGUUGAGCAUAAGAAUCUUGGUGUCAGUGGUGGGAUCUCGGGGUGCAUUCGCUUUGCUGCUGGAGCUGUUGCGACAUCAAUCUACCAAACAGUCUACAGUAACACAUUGGCAAAAUAUACGGCUAUAUAUGUUCCUUCUGCUGCCAUCUCCGCGGGGCUUCCGGAGUCCAAGGUCACAGAUCUAAUGGCUGUGGUAUCCCAAGGUGCAGCGGCAAUGAAAUCAUAUAGCCCUGCCGUGGCGGCAGCAGCAGAGGCGGCUCUCAGCCAAGCCUACUGCAAAGCGAUCUUUGUGGUGGCUAUGGUAUCGAUGGCCUUUGGUAUCUUUGGUAUUGGCGCUUGUCUGUGCUGCAAAGAUGUUGAUUCAAAGAUGACCAACAAGAUCGAGGUAUACCUUGAGAACACAGAUCUCUCGGACCGAAACAAGUAUCAUUAG